AUGCGGGUUUCUUCCAUUGGACAUCUAUUUGCAUGCGUCAGCCUCGGGGCUGGCCUUGCUCACUCUAGCGCUAUUCCGAUCGACCUGAAGCAGGAGCGCUCAGUCGACGUCACGGACUCUUCCGACGCGGCGCUGACGGCAAUCAACUGGAAGAUUGUCCGCGGAGGCCUCAAAGUGUCCCGGGAUGUGAUUGUGGUGGCAGCAGGCGCAACCUCGGCCAUCGCGGCAGUUGUGGGCUGGGUCCAGUCUGAUAGCUCUCAGAACUCUUGUGCUAAGAAGGGAGGCAGUGGGCAGUCGGACAAUGGUCAGCAGAAGUAUAACUUCCAGUACUGGGUCACUACUACUGGAAAGAACUGUGAUACGACUGCACAGACGAAGACUGUGGCUGCUGCUCUUGACGACGCCUGGGAUCAGGUGCACAAGUAUAACUACGACUGGGCGUGUAUCGAUCUGACUCAUGGAGGUACUUGGCAUGGACAUCUGGCAGUGGCCACCACCGGCUCGGGCCAGGAUGUCAGCACAAUGUGUAAUUGA